GCGGCGCGGUGCCGGCCCCAAGGGGAAGGGAGCGGUGGGAUGGAGGGGAAGAUGGCGGCGGCGCGGGAAAAGGGGAAAGCUGUCGCGAAGGCUGUGAAGCGUGUUGAGUCCCAGUCUCCCUUUGUUCUGGGCUCCAUCGUCAGGAUCUUCAUGGAAAACUUUCUCACAUACACUGUCUGUGAAGUACAUCCAGGGCCCAACCUGAACGUGGUUCUAGGUGCUAAUGGCACAGGCAAGUCAAGCAUUGUUUGUGCCAUCUGCCUGGGACUGGCUGGAAAACCUUCUUUUCUAGGGCGAGCUGAUAAGAUCGGUCUCUUUGUGAAGCAGGGGUGCAUGAAAGGCGUAGUGGAAAUUGAACUGUUUAAUUCACCAGACAAUAUUAUCAUCACACGUGAGAUUUAUGUGGUGAGCAAUGCAUCAGUGUGGUUUAUCAACAGAAAACCAGCAACCCUGAAAACAGUAGAAGAACAGAUUGCAGCCUUGAACAUCCAGAUGGACAAUUUGUGCCAGUUUCUUCCUCAGGACAAAGUUGGAGAAUUUACAAAACUGAGUAAGACUGAGUUACUCGAAGCCACUGAAAAAUCGAUUGGUUCUCCAGAAAUGUACCAGUUUCAUUGUGAACUGAAAAAUUUCAGAGAAAAGGAAAGGGAACUGGAGAACUUGUGCAGAGAAAAAACCACCUCAUUGGAGAAAAUGAAACAGAGGGUUGAACGGUACAAGCAGGAUGUUGAAAGGUACCAUGAGUGCAAGCGCCACGUAGACUUAAUAGAGAUGCUUGAGAGGAAAAGGCCAUGGGUGGAAUAUGAAAAUGUUCGUGAACAGCAUGAGGAAGUGAAACAAAACCGAAACCAAGUUAAGAAAGAGUUGAAGUGUCUGAAAGAAAUACAGUCCCCAUGGACAAAAAAAAUCCAAGAAGCUGAAGAAAACUUAAAGAAUCUGGAUAUGAAAACCAGAGAUAAUACUGCUGAAAUCAGAAAUAUUUCCGAGAAAUGUAAAGAGAAACAAGAUGCUUUGGAGAUGAAAGAUAAACAGAUUGAAGAAAUUAAUCAAGCAUUCAGAAUGAAAAAAGAUGAAGAAACAAACAGGCAGAAGAAAAUAUACCAAACCCAAAAAAUAAUAGAGGAGUGGCAGAAUGAGCUGGAUACAAUGGCAGUCUGUGAGAAUCUUCAGCCACAGAUUGAUGCUGUUAAUAGUGAGCUGAAAAAAUUACAAGAAGAAAGGGCAAAUAUUGAUAAUGAUGUCAGUGAUCUAAGAGCAGAAAAAAACAACCAACAGCAGGAAGAGAAAAGAAUAAUUGAUCGCCUUGGACAACUUAAUAAUAUAAUGCAUAUGAAGGAAGAGAACCUUAAAAUGAGAUUCCGAGACACACACUCUGCUCUUAUGUGGCUAAGAAACAACAAAGACAAGUUUAAAAAAAACACUUGUGAACCCAUGAUGCUUGAAAUCAAUGUGAAAGACAGUAGACAUGCAAAAUACAUUGAAAAUCACAUUUCAGCCAAUGACAUGAAGGCUUUCGUUUUUGAGUGUCAAGAAGAUAUGGAAACAUUUCUGGUGGAGAUGCGUGAUCAUCAGAAACUAAGAGUGAAUGCUGUAUGUGCACCUGCUGAAUCAUGUGCUGAAAAUUUACCUUCAAGACCUAUUGAAGAAUUACACCGAUACGGAUUUUUUUCAUAUUUACGAGAGUUAUUUGAUGCUCCUCCUCCCGUGAUGAGUUAUCUUUGUUACCAGUACCGUGUUCAUGAUGUUCCUGUGGGAACACAGAAGACCAGAGACAUGAUUGAAAGGGUCAUACAGGAAACCAAUCUGAGGCAAAUCUAUACAGCAGAAGAAAGAUAUAUUAUUAAAGUAUCUUCUUACACAAAACAAAACCUCACUAGUAACAUAUGCUUGAAAGAGGCACAGUAUCUCACUAGUUCAGUGGAUAUGGAUGAAAGAGGACAGUUGGAAAACCAACGACAGGAUAUCAGUAAUACGUUAAAGUCAUUGGAUGCACGUUUGACUGCACUGUUCGACAGACAGAAACUUCUGGAACACAAAGACAAUAAGCUCAGGCAAGAGAAGAAGGAGCUUUUAGAGAGAGGAAACCGGAGGAGGCAGCUGGAAUCAAAAAUUGGUGUGAAGUAUGAUAGUUUAAGACAGCUAGAACAAGAUGUUGUUGACUUAGAGAAGGAAUUUCAGCUGGCAAAUGUACAGAUCAAAGAAAUAAAUAAACAGAAAGCAGAACUUGUUACUGAAUUGAUGCAUCUCAUGAAGAGGAUCAUACCACUGAACAUGGUCAAAGUGGCUUUGGCUCUUCGGAUGACCAGAGUGACUGCUGAGAAGAAUAGACUACAAUCAGAGUACAAAGCAGGAACUGCGCAGCUAAGAGCAGCACAGCAACGUUUUCAUGAACUGGAUAAUAGGAAGCAACUUCUUUAUGAGAAGUGUAUUGAAUUGUUGAAACAGGCUCGACACGUCUGCAGAUUGGGUCCAGAUCAAGAUUUUCCAGAAGAAUUUCAAGUUGCUUUUCAGACUCUUCCAAACACAUUGGAGGAAAUUGAUGCUUUUCUGAAUGAAGAGAAAACUAGGGCCUCCUGUUUCACAGGCCUCAGUGCUUCGGUUGUUGAAGAAUACAAUAAGCAAACACAGGAAAUACAGCAGUUGACGGAAUAUCUAGAGGAAAAGAAAAAUGAGUUGAAUAACUAUAAGCAAAACAUUUCACAGGUCAAAGAAAAGUGGCUAAACCUCUUGAAAGUAAUGAUUGAACAAAUUAAUGGAAAGUUCAGUAAGUUCUUUAGUUCUAUGCAGUGUGUUGGUGAAGUUGAUCUUCAUACGGAAAAUGAGGAGGAGUAUGAGAAGUAUGGAAUUCGCAUUAGAGUCAAAUUCCACAGUAGCACUGAGCUUCAUGAGUUGUCUCCGUAUCAUCACAGUGGAGGUGAGAAAACUGUUUCCACUAUGUUAUACCUGAUGGCUCUGCAAGAACUCAACAGAUGUCCUUUCAGGGUUGUUGAUGAAAUAAAUCAGGGAAUGGAUCCAAUGAAUGAGAGAAGAGUUUUUGAAAUGGUUGUGGAAACUGCUUGUAAAAAAAGGACAUCUCAGUACUUCUUCAUUACACCAAAGCUCCUGCCUAAUCUCACUUACCAUGAGAAGGUGACUGUGCUGCUUGUCUACAAUGGAACUUAUAUGCUGGAGACACACAAAUGGAACUUGAAGCGCUUCAGGAGACGGCAUCGGCGGCUUACAAGGAUGAAUGAAUAGUGGUAUAUGGCUAUAGACACAUAGUUCUGCAGAAAUAUUUUAUAUGUCUUUCUUGAAACAUCUGGCUUUCAAGAAUUCAGUAAUUGUCAAAGGAAAACCCUCAAAGAACUGAUAAUUGAGAACUUUGGUUCUUAAAACUUACACAAAUGUUUGACAGAUUUGAAAUGCAUGAUUGUCUUUUUCAAGUCAUUCAUAGUUGUCACUUUCUGCAAAUAACCUACUUUUCUCAAUAGUAGGUUUAACUAAAAAAUUUUUUUUUCCGAAUCUGUCAGUUAAUGCAGCAUCAGAAAUGCAGGUAAUUUUUCUAUAUUAUCCUGGGCUUAGUUUGUGACUGGCUCUUUUAAGAGGUUGCAUUUUUUUUCCAAAAAUUGGAAUUUGCUUUUGAUAAAUAAUUUUACUUCACCAUAUAUAUGGCUAUUAUCCCACUUCUCUAUUGAACUGCAAUUUUAAAAAAACAAUUCAGGUGAUCUGUAGAAAAAAAUGGUUUGUUUUGCAGAAAUAAACUCGAAAUUAAUAUAAAUAAUAUGAUUUUAUUAAUAUAUUAUUGUUGACUAAAUACUUUCUCUCAAAAUUAAUAAAUAAAUAUAGUAACAUUUCAUUUUGUAGUGCUUCUAGCAAGUCUCUUAGCAAGGAGACUAACAGAAUUCCAGGUCUUCCUGAAACAGUGACCUAGUGAGCUUGCAGAAGUAAAACUAAGCAAUAUAUAACUUCUUGUGUGCUUAUUUUUCUAAGUAAAACUUGAUACAGUUUUGAUGAUACAGAAAAUAGAGCUGCAGAUUUGACAUGUAAGUUAAACGCAGGAGGAUUUUACAAGGGGUCAGCUGCACUGGAAUGAUUGUACAGUCAACUGCUUUUCAACAGAAAACCAUAAAAAUUUUUAAUAGACUGUGUUUGCCAUAACUGUUAAGCAUUUGGAAAUGCAGGUUACAGCAGAAUGUUGGACGCCUAAAACAAAGUCCUGAUUAUUCAGUUAACUAUUAAAUAAGUAAAAUUAAACAAUUUGAUGUCUGCUUUGAGUGGGUGUUUUUCUUAACAGCAUCCUUGCAAUGAACUUUGCUAGUGAAACUGGUAUGUCAGACUUUGAUAUUCAUGUAUUUGAAAUAUAACCUCUCAAGGUUGCUGUUUCCUUGAGAUUCUCCUUGGGGUUGCUGUUCCCCAAGGUAAUAAGGGUUCUCCCAAGGUUGCUGUUCCCUGGGAGUUUCCUCUGGGUUGCUGUUCCCAGAGGUAAUAAGGUUUUCAGUCUUCUCUUUGCCCUAAGUGUUACACACCAGAGGUAGAGACGACAAGCUGAGUCCGCCGGUGCACAUUUCCAAGGUUGUUUAUUCUUCAUUAUCUCAGUCCUUUUUCAGCUCUGCCAGGCCUCCCUGGCAGGGUACCUUAUCUUAGUUCUUUCUCAGCUCUGCAAGGCAUCCCCAGCAGUGCAGGACACGCAGCAGACUGGGUGGAUCAGAGAGCCCCACACCUUAUGUACACCCACACCUUGACCCAACCACUGUCCGAGACGUAUUUUUUAUUUACAAAAUUUUACCAAUACCUACUACCUAUACUAACAUGUCAGUUCUACUCUAAGCCAAUCUCUAAAACCCAACUCAGCACAAGAUGGGGGACGAGAGCAAGAACAAGGAGCACAGGGGCCACUCCCCAAUUCCUCCAUCUUGUCUCUUCAGCCCCAUAUGCUAAGAAUCCUAAUUUCUAUAUUUAUAUUCUAUAAUAAACCAUCCACUACUUAUUUUAAAUUCUUAGGAUUUGUGAUUCUUCCUGCAUGUGAGUGUUCACUCCCAUGGACAGGAAUCAGAGUCAGUGUCCUCCUGGGAUCUGUGUGGGUCUAACUGACCCCCCUGUACAGAUCCCAGGCCCCCCUGUACAGAUCCCAGGCCCCCCUGUACAGUCUUGAAAUCCUCCAGGGCGGCCAGAGGAAUAUCCUGGACUCCAACAGUAACCCACUAGAGAAUACGAGCUGAAAUCUGGAAGGUUUUAGGUAUUAAAGGAUAAAUAUUGUAAUUGUUCUUUUGAAUAGAUAUAUGAGCCUUCAGUGCAGUGGAGAACCACACAUUCUUGUUACUGCAGGCCAGUGUUGGGCAAUGAAUUGUCUGACUGUGAAAUGAGUUCCUGGAGCAUUCCUAUGAUGAUUAGAGUCCCAACACAAGUUCUGAACAGAAGAUAUAAAAGUGUGGAAACUCUGUAAUCCAGAGUUGAUUUGGUCAGCAGAGCAUCUUUGACAUAAUUAAGGCUACAGGCCUAUCUGUCUGCCCCUGUAUUGAAAGAUCUUGGUUGUAAAAGUAUUCUUGAAAAUUGUCUAUUAUUGGGGAGUUUCUCCAUGUGAAUGGUUUCUUUUCCUUUACCCUCUGUUGCUAGUAUUGUUGCUGUUACUGUUCACUGUCAUAUCUCAUUGCUGUUUGCACUGAAUAAUUCUUACCUCUUUUAGCCCGUGAUCUUUGUCUUUUGUGCGUCCAGUUCUCCUCUCCAGCACACUGCAGGGGGAGGGGAAAAUGGAGCAAGAGAACGGUGUGUGGUUUGGAGAGUCUUGUGGGGGCAAGAAUUGGAUAGUACCAUUCCUAAACCAGGACAGAUGGGCACGGUGUCUGAUGGAAGGUGUCUAACAAGAGCUACAUCAUGGGAAGCAGGGGAGGGGGAACCUUGGCACUCUAGCUUCUCUGGAAAUAACUGAGCCAGAAUUACUUUCUUCACUUCUGACUCACUAAAAAACACAGUGUCCAAAAUUACUUCUCCUGGAACUUACUGUUCUGGAAGUGGUUUUUUUCCCCCAUACCUUGCUAAUUAAUAAUAAAACCACGAUUCAGUACACUAUAACUUGUGAGAGAGAGGAUAUGUGGAAGGGAGUUAAUCCUCCUCUCCUCCAAGAAAAAUCCUUCCCUUGCUCCUGCCUAAACAUCUGAAAAUCGCAUGACUGUUUCUAUGCUAUUGCACUCAGACUAGGCUUGCCAAAAGCCAUGCUUCUACGAGGCUCAUUGAUCCAGUGUCCUUUGCAUAUUCCAAUAGCUUGGGUGAAGGGCAGUUUUUUGUAGCAGGGGCUGAUCUAGUAAUUGCUAUAACCUCAUUUUACUUUGAUGCUAACUUCAGCCAUUUGCAGGGCUGAACUAGUAGGGAGAGGGGAGGUAAGUGCAGAAAGAUAUUUUUAGCCACUGAAAGCUUUUCAGGCUUGACUCUAGCAGUGUGGAAAGUGAGCAGGGAAAGCAUGGAAAAGUAAGGAUCAGUAACACAGUAGAGGCAGAAGUAACAGAGGUGAUAAGCGGCACUACAGCAGCCUACCUACUAGCCUCUCAUGUGGCUCAGCUCUUUCCAAGUGGUGUAAUCCUCUGACACCAGUUCCCAUCUUUAUGCUUUCCACCACAUUCCUCCAGCUUUUCUCCACUAAUCUGCUAAUUCCCCAGUUCCCAGUGUUUCUUCUGUUGAUCUGUUACCCCCACUAGGCCAAUGGGGGUUUUUUUGACAGUUGUACUGGUUUUGGCUGGGAUAAUUUUCUUCACAUAAGUUUGUAUGGAGUUAUGUUUCAGUUUUGUGACCAGAAUACUGUUGGUUACAUAGGGAUGUUUUUGCUACUGCUGGGCGGUGCUUUGCACUGCAUUGAUGCCUUUUGUGUUUCUAACACUGCCCCACUAGCAUAAGAAGUUUGCAAGGAGCUGGGAGGGGACACAGGUGGGACAACUGACCAAAAGGCUAUGCCAUGCUGUAUGAUAUCAGCAGUAAAAACUAGGGGAAAAAUGGAGGCGUGUUUGGGGUUAUGUCUGAACUAUGUAUGGUGGAGCCUUGCUUUUGUGGAGGAAUAGCUGAACACCUGCCUGUUGAUGGAAAAUAGUGGUUGAUUUGCUUGUUUUGCCUUGCUUGUGCACACAGCUAUUGCUUUCCAAAUUAAACUGUUUUUGUCUCAGCCCAGAAGU